AUUUUUGAGGUUAGGGUAAGUGUCAGUUUUCCGUGAGAAAUGCGGUGUUUUUCUUUGCGUGUUUUCCUCCAAAAAUCGGAAGGAGAAUGAGUGAAAAUCUACUGGAAAAUGUCCAUGAAGAUCUCCCAGAUCCAACUCCAUCUGGAAAAACUAUUGUCACCCGCGGGAAGUACUCCUAUUAUCACUACAAUUGCGAUGGAUUUCAGGACGCUGGAUGGGGAUGUGGGUAUCGUACACUCCAAUCUAUGUGCUCAUGGGUGAGAAACUGCAAGGAAAAUCCAUCUCCGGACGUUCCAACUAUCACAAAUAUCCAGGAAACUUUGGUGAGUCUCAAUGAUAAGCCGGCAAGUUUUUUAGGAUCAAAGGAAUGGAUUGGGGCUCUGGAAGUCUUCUAUACCGUUGACUCCCUGUAUGAUGUGUCAUGCAAAAUUGUCCACAUCCCCUCAAAUGGCGAUGUGAAGAAGUACGUGAGUCUGCUGAAGCAGUACCUGGAGGAAUAUGGAGGUUUCAUAAUGAUGGGCGGGGAUGUGGAUGCUAGUUCCAAGGGUAUUGCUGGGGUUCACAUUGCUGGCAAUGAUGCCUAUCUUCUCGUGGUGGAUCCACAUUUUGUCUCGAAAUCUGGUGAAAUUACACGAGAAGAAAUUCAGGGGAAGAAAUUUGUCAAGUGGCAGCAUACGUCAGAGUUCCUGGACAGUUCCUUCUACAAUUUGUGUCUUCCCUUGCAGAAGGGUCCACAAAUGUCCUGAAUUCAAUGUGAAUUAACCAUCCAAAUUUUUGUUUAACCCUUUAUGGACGAUUGGAACACCGGUGUCCCAUAAAGAAAAUAAUUUUUCCUGACUACCUGAAAUUAUUUUUUUUUAUUAUGUUUGUACGUAAUUGCAAAAUAGAAGGUUCAAGGAUUCUGAGAUAUUUUUUGCAAGUCUAUAGCUAUUUGCUAUAUAUUAAAUUUUUAAACUAAAAAAUGACGAAUUUUUAAAUACUCAAUAAAAAAUAAUUUUAAUUAUUUUUUACACUUUCAAUUUUUUUUAAGCAAAACCGUUUUCGAAAAAGAAACUACAAUAGUCAAACAUAAUAUUUUUGAUUAGAGUGAAAAUUAUCAUUCAUUGGUAUUGUCAGAAAAAUUACUUAAAUUUUUUGGCUAUUUUUGUUCCUAUCGCUUAUAGAAGUAAAAAAUACACCGAAUCAAACUCUGUUGGAUUUUCUAAGGCUAUAUGUAAAAUCUUUUAGUGAUUUUGUUUAUCGGUUUUAUUUUUAUUGCUGAUUUUCGGUCAACGAAAACUGUCUCGUCGUUAAGGGUUAAACGUUCUCUUUACCGGAAGUUAUUUUGAAAUUUGAGGUUAUGUUGCGCAUAACCUAGAAAAAACUAUUUUGCAAAUAUAAAACCUUUAUUUAUUUACCUUUUGAUGUAAUUUUACUAUUUUGUAUAAAAUAUUUAUUAUUUUGUAUAGAGAGAAAAAAAUAUGUUGAUUUUUUUAAUGGUUUUCCUGAAUGAAUUUUAAUAUUAAAGGUUAGGUAAUCUUGUUUAAAAAAGCAAAGACUACCCUGAAUCACAUAUAAAAACUAGUCUUUUAAUAUCUGAAUAGAAAAAAAAAUGUGCAAGUUAUUUAUUUAUUCGAAAUUCGGAUAGAUUUUUGAAGGUUAGGUUCACCAUAACCUAAAAUUGUUUAGUUAUUAUUUCCCAAACAUUUUCUGGUUUAUCUGAUUAAAAUUAGCAAAUAAAUGUGCAGUGAAAUGUUAUAUUUCCUCAGCAAAAAUUUAUAAAGGAACAGUAAUAAAUUAAAAAAAAGGUCAGUAAAAGAUAAAAAAUAGUCUGUAAAAAUCGUGAGGGCAGUAAAUAAUUUAAAAAGAGCAGUAUAAAGUGAAAAGCAAGCAGUAAAAUAUUAAAAAGGGUGCAGUAAAAAAUAAAAAUGAACAGCAAAAAAAUUAAAAGUGAACAACAAAAGAUAAAAAGUCAGCAGCAAAAUAUUAAAAGCAAACAUGUUAAAAAGAGCAAUAAAAAAAACAUUAAAAACAAGGAGCACAAAAUUAAGAGCAGUAAAAAAUUAAAAAUGAGCAGCAAAAAAAAUAAAAGCAGUAAAAUAUUAAAAGGCAGUAAAAAAAUAAAAAUUAGCAGGAUAAAAUUCAAAACUGAGCAGUAAAAAAUUAAAAUCGAGCAGUAUAAAAUAGAAAGCGAACAGCGAAAAAAUUAAAAAUGAGCAGCACAAAACAAAGCAGUAAAAUAUUAAAAAGCAGCAAAGAAAUGAGCAGCAAAAAUUCAAAAGUGAGCAAUAAAAAAAUUAGAAGUGAGCAGUAAAAAAUUAAAAAGGGUUAAAAAUUAAAAAGGAAUAAAAAAUUCAAAAGGAGCAACAAAAAGUUAAAAAAUAAAGCUGUAAAAACUUAAAAAUGACCAGUAAAAACUUAGAAAAAGAGCAGUGGUGAAUUAUUAAAAUAUAGCAGUAAAAAUUAAAAAGUGAGCAGUAAAAAAUUAAAAAUGAGCAGUUUGAAAAUGGAAAGCGAGCAGCAAAAAAUUAAAAAUAAAAAGCAAAAAAUUAUAAGCAGUAAAAAAAUAAAAGUGGCUGCUAUACUUUAAGAGAAAGCAGUAAAAUAUUGAAAAUGAGCAGUAAAAAUAUUCAAUUUAAUCAGAAAAAAUUGAAAAGUGGUAAUAAUUUCCUAAAAGAUACAGAAAAUUUCUCUUUGCUCCAGCAAGAAAAGAAGCUAACUAAUUUACUACAGCUGAAUUUAAGAAAAUUUCAUGAAUAUUUCGAAAAGUGUUUUCUGCUACUCUUUUAAUUCUUUGCUACUCUCCUUUAAUUUUAACUACUCGAACUCCAAGAGAGCAGUUUCCACAAUCGACUUUUUUUUCAACUUCUGACCAUCCUAGCUGCCAAACGGUAAGAGAUAUUGACUUUCGGUCUUCGGUGACCCCCCCCCACAAGUCAACUUUCUCUAUCAAACUAAAUUAUACAAAUUACCCCCCAUCCCUUCUAUCCCCUCCAAAAAACAUAUUUUUUGCCAUUGCAAAAAAUUGACCCUGACGAUUUCGUUCAUUUUUGGAUUAUGUCUUGGAGGUAGUCCAGCUGAACAUUUCGUCCUUAGACACCUAUCACCGGAAAAUUCGCCAUCUUGAAUUAUUCAAGGUCAAAGCUUAAUUUUCACCCGAUUUAGUCAAUAAAUUUAUUAAAAGGUUAAUGAUUUUUUGAAACCCUCUUCUUGAACAAUUUUCAACUUCAAGAUGGUUUUAUGGUGAUUUAUAGACAAAUUUAAUUCGACAAUAAUUUUCUAUACAUCAGAAAACUUGCGAAAAGGUAUAUAAGGCAGAGCUCUUUCUCGGGAGUUCGAGCAGCUCGCAAAGCCUUGGACGCUUUGCCACCCCUUUUUACUGACCAUUGUUAACAAAAUAAUGCACUUUUUUUUAAUUUUUAAAUCGUUUACUGCCCUUGUUUAAUUUUUUGCUGCUUAUUUAGUUUUUUUUUUAUUUUUACUUCUAAAUUUUAAUUUUUUACUGACGGUACUUAACAAAAUAUUGUUCAUUUUUAAUUUUUUGCUAACCAAAUUUUACUUUUUAACUGAUCGUUUAUUUCAAUGCAAAUAAAUUUGUUAAUUUUCCUUUGUGUUUCAAAAUUCAAGAUGCACCAAGAUUCUAACCUCAGAAAAUUUUUCUAUGGUUGUGGCACCGGCAAACCUUUUAGAUCAGGGAAAUUUCAUGAAGUCGAAAUUCGAAUCCCUUUCUUUCUCACAUGUUUUGCAUAAUGUCUAUCUCAUUCUCUCGCACUCUUCUUCUUUUCUUAAACAUCACUCCAAAUUCAAUUUAGCUCAAUCGAAUUUGGUAUGCGAAAGAAUGAGAUAGUCAUAUGCUGCAAAACGUGUGAGAAAGAAAGGGUUUCGAAUUUCGACUUCAUGAAAUUUUCCUGAUCUAAAAGGUGUGCCGGAGCCAUUAAAAAUCAAAAGAAAUUAAAUUUAGCUCAACUGAAUUUGUAGUGCGAAAGAAUGAGAUAGGCGUAUGCAAAGCGUUUGAGAAAGAAUGGUAUGUGAAUUUUGAUUUCAUGAAAUUUUCUUGAUCUAAAAGGUGUGCCGGAGCUAUUAUGAUUUUAUUUCUAUAAAAAUCUAAUUUAACGGAAACACAUUUUACCUCAAACAAUUUAGUGCAUAACGUGGAUAUCUCUUUUUUCUAGGUUAGGUUAGGACUAAUAUAGCCUCAAAUUUCAAAAUAACCUCUUAUAUAAAUAAUGGCCUCUACACACUAGAGAAAUUUAUGUCCAUAUUGAAGUGUUUUUUCCACAGAAGCGUAGGGAAAUUGCUUCAACAUAAAUUUCUCUAGUAUGUAGAGGCCAUAAGAAAACAUCAAUAACUUAAUUUCUUGCUUUUAGAAUAAUUUAUAAGUUUCAUUAUAAGGCUCAAGAAAAGCAAUUUUUCUUUUUGAAAAUAAAAUGAGGAUCAGGAGAAACACGCAAAAAAUAUUUGCAGCCAAAAGAAAUUGCAGUAUUUUUCUGAUAAACUUAAGAUUCUGAAUGUUGUGAAUAUUGUGCAAUAAAGUGAAAUAUUAAAAAAGCUCAAAUAAAUAAAUGUAAUAGAGUGUAAAGAAAGUCAUUAAAACACAAAGAAAUAUUGUUUAAUAGAUUUAUUUUUCUUGUAUCCUCAAGAUGUUAUCCUUUUUUUUACAAUUUCCUUGUUAAGUUGUAUAGAAUUAGAGAUAAAUUUGAGUUUUAUUGCAUUUGUUGUUUUCUUUAUCCUUCCAUCUCAAUAAAAUAGUGUGUAAGUGUUUCUUGUGUUAUCGUCAUCAAAAUUCAUCAUUUAUAGUAUUUCUGUUUUUUUUUUCUUCACUAAAUUUUUUUUUCUGAUAGAGUAAAUUACUACGAAUUCGUUAAUAAAUGUUUGAGAGCAAGAAAAAA